CACUAGGUCACAAUGGCUUAACCGUUUUAGAAGGCUUUCAAUUUUUCGUUAUCCGAUCCGAAACGCAGCCAACCAACCCAUCUUCUUCAAUCUUCACAAGAUCAGCUGAAGAAGCCAUUGAUUUCACUUCUUCUCAAAACCUCAUAAUUCAAUUCUGCUCUUCAAUAUGGCUUCGCUCAACUCCUCCAUGCUCCUUUUCCCUUCACAGCACAACAAUGGACUGCAUUUUCUCAAUCCAAUCACAGUAAACAGCAAUCCCUCUAGUUUGCUCUCAACUGGGAUUGCAAGAAAAUCAUCCUUUGGCUUGAAAAACUAUUGUAGAAUGAUAAGAGCCACUAUUGUGUCUGGGGGUGCAGAACAAGGAGCCUUUCUCAAUGAAAGUGGGGAGCAAAAAGCUGCUAUUAAGAUGGAACCUGAUGUUAUAGCUUUUGGAACACUGACAGCAGAAAUUAUACCCAAAACAAGUGGAUUUUUCACAUCUGGUGAUGAAUUUGAUCUGGACCAUCCCACAGGCGGAUUUUCAUCCAUAACAGAGGCUCUUGAAGACAUUCGCCAGGGAAAGAUGGUAAUUGUUGUAGACGACGAAGACAGAGAAAAUGAGGGGGAUUUAAUAAUGGCAGCAUCAUUGGUGACACCUGAAGCAAUGGCUUUCAUUGUAAAGCAUGGCACUGGAAUCGUUUGUGUGAGCAUGAAAGAUGAAGAUUUGGAAAGGUUGCAACUUCCAUUGAUGGUGUCACAGAAAGAGAAUGAAGAUAAACUCCGAACUGCUUUCACAGUGUCGGUGGAUGCGAAAUAUGGUACCACAACAGGUGUCUCAGCUAGUGAUAGGGCAAAGACCAUAUUGGCUCUGGCAUCUAGAGAUUCAAAACCUGAGGAUUUCAAUCGACCAGGACAUAUAUUUCCGCUAAAGUAUAGAGAAGGUGGGGUACUAAAAAGAGCUGGCCAUACAGAAGCUUCUGUUGAUCUUGCUGUGUUAGCUGGAUUAGAUCCUGUUGCUGUUCUUUGUGAAGUUGUGGAUAGUGAUGGCUCUAUGGCUAGAUUACCAAGGCUUCGUCAAUUUGCAGAGGCUGAGAACUUGAAAAUUAUAUCAAUUGCUGAUUUAAUAAGGUAUAGGAGGAAAAGGGACAAGUUGGUUGAGAAAGCUGCUGCUGCACCCAUACCAACAAUGUGGGGUCCUUUUACAGCUUACUGCUUCAGGUCUCUGUUGGAUGGAAUGGAGCAUAUAGCCAUGGUUAAAGGUGAAAUUGGAGAUGGACUAGACGUUCUUGUCAGGGUGCACUCUGAGUGUCUGACUGGUGACAUAUUUGGAUCAGCCAGGUGUGACUGUGGUUCACAGCUGGCCAUUGCAAUGAAGCAAAUUGAGGCUGCUGGUAGGGGUGUGUUAUUGUACCUCCGUGGACAUGAGGGAAGAGGAAUUGGUUUGGGCCACAAACUUCGUGCUUACAACUUGCAAAGUGAAGAGUAUGACACAGUUGAAGCAAAUGAGGAAUUAGGACUACCCGUAGACUCCAGGGAGUAUGGUAUCGGUGCACAGAUACUGCGAGAUCUGGGUGUUCGCACAAUGAAGCUGAUGACAAACAAUCCUGCAAAAUAUGUUGGGCUCAAGGGGUAUGGCCUGGCAGUUGCAGGUAGAGUUCCAUUGUUGACUCCCAUAACUUGGGAGAAUAGAAGGCACAUAGAUUCCAAUGCACAUGCCAACGGCACCGUCAAUCAGCCACCUGAACAGAGCGAACGAUGAUGAAGCAUCCAACAGUGGCGUCUGAAUCGCCAAUUGUUCCUUUCAGAAGAAAUUUUCUUGAGGAAGAUGUCAAUGGAGGUGCUUUUUUCUAGUGAUGAAAUCCUGGUACAGUAGUAUUGCUUUGGUUAGGACAGUACUACUGUUAGUUUAUCCUUUUUAUUCUAACUGUAAUUAAGUGUCCUACUUUCUCAUAUACUAUAAAGAGUUCUGCUGAUGACUGUAU